AUGCAGCAGAAAUCUGUCUCCCUACUAAAAAAAAUCGAUACAAAUAUCUAUCAAAUCCUCGAGAACUUCCAAGAGGUAUUCGACAAGGCUAUCAUCCAGAACAAGUCCAAAGAGCUGCUUGCUGUGGAAAACUUGACAUUAGAGUCGGACGCUCUCAACAUAAUACGACUCUGUAAGGACUUGCUAUCAAUAACAAGAAGUCUUCGAGAAACAUGGUGCUUGGAUACUAUGAAAGUGAGGCCCGAGGAGGAUAGACGGGAAGCUAGUAGCGAAGAGAUUCAAAAAGUAUUUGAGGAGUUCAACAGAUUGAUAGAGAAAAUUUCAUUAUUGGAGAAGAAUUGA